AUGUUGGAGUCAGAAAUUCCACCUGAAGCAAAACGUAUUGUUAUUUUAAUUGUUUCUGUGAAACAGUUGGUAACAUAUGCUAAAUUAGUAAACAUUAAUCAAGCUCUUGAAGAUAAAAAAUCUCCUCGAUUGAUACAAAGUACAAUCGUUCGAUGGUUAUCAAUGUCUGAUUGUCUUGAAGCUGCAAUAAGAUCGUUUUUACCAUUAAAUGAAAUAUUUGAGGAAAAACAAUUGGAUAAAAAACGUUUAGAAAAAAUAAACAUUGUUUUACUGGAAAGAAUCAUUGAAUUCUUGAAGCCAUGGAAACAUGUCUCAACAUGA